AUAAAAUAUAUUUUACAUCAUUCAGAUAAGAUUGUUAAAUACGUAAUGUUAUUUCGUGGUAAAAUGAUGUGAAAUCCUAUUCUAGCACAUAUGUUCGAAUAGCUCACACCUUAUGAUCUUUGAAUGUAAAAUAUUUACUGCGUCAUGUAAAGUUCCUUCUUUUAACAUAGCAGCAACUGAAUUUACUUGGAUAUUAUCUUAACUAUAUUUUGCAAAAAAACGUAAAUUAUCGAUAUGGAAAUUUUGGAAACAGUGUUACUAAUCAACGAUUAUAAUAUGAAGAAAAUAAUAAUGCGUCCUGAGAUGGUUUCAUGUUCCGGAAACGAAUGAGCCAUCAGUCUUCAAUGGGUUUGACACGCACUAUGUUUGUAAUUUCGGCAUUUCAUAGAGUACUGUGAAGUUGCUUUCAUAAGAAUGUCCCUGAAAAACAAUUUAACAUCAAAAGCUUCUUUAGAGUAUGUCGAAUCCAUAAUUCCCAACCGUUCCGCCAUUGACAGUUGGUCUGGAACAUCGUUUGUUAUAUCUUCACUCAAUGAUGGGGAUAAGGAACUUAUCAGCUACUAUAUUAUGGGUGUAUCAAUGAUCGGAGUUUGUUGUUUUGGUCUUGUUGGGAACUUACUAUCUCUUGCUGUGCUGACUAGACGUUCUGUUGGUGGCUCUACAACAAAUACCUACCUAAUUUCUUUGGCGAUCGCUGAUAUGUUUGUGCUUAUCGCAACUAUACUAACUGCUGUCAAAGAUUCCAGAAAACCGGUUGCGGGAAGAAUGUCUUGGCUGGUAUGGCAGGAUGCACCUAUUAUUCCACGAGCCUACCCAUUUUGUCACGCCACAGCAAUUCUUUUUCAAUUUUUAAAUCCUAAUGUUUUUCCAUUUCUCGUCGAUCUACUUCAUGUGACCAAUGAAUGGAAACAUUUUGUUGUAAAAUGCUGCGCUGCUAUGACUGAUUGCUGUUUCAAUAAAAUGAGCAAAUUUUACUUCAUUUUUCACCGUCAAUGUACAAAGACAAGAGUCUCUCACGUUUUUGACCAUUACUGCAUCUUACUUGAAGACAGACAUGUAUUAGCCAAGUAAGAGAUGUAUCAAACUGAAAGUUUACUUACGGCGUAUGUACUUUAACUAUUCCAUAAAUUACUUAUUACUGGAAGCACAAAUUACAGUUGAACAUUUUUCUGAUUUCAUCGCAAAAUGAUUUCAAGUUUUCAUGAGUAUCUGUCAAUGAAUGUAUAGAAUAUUAUUUUCAGAAUUACAAUGAUGGAAGUUGAACAGAAAGAUGUUCGACUUGCAAAUGUGAUUAUGUUUAUCGCUGAAAAACUACAAAAUGUGGGGACUUUAAAGUAUGUGGUUCAACUAAUUUACAGAAAACACUAUAUAUAGCCACAGGGAAAGCUAGAAACAUUGAAAGUCGUCCUAGCAACAUAAAUUAUAGUGAAUAUGAAAAGGAAGACAAUAAAUAAAACAAAAACGUUGGAAAACUCUUGUAAACUUAUUGUAACAUCUGUAUGGUUGACAGUUGCCUUUGCAGCCGAUCGUUACUUAAUGAUAUGUCAUCCAUUCUGGGCCAAGCGUUGGUGUACUCUGAAAUUUGCCAAAACUGUUAUAGUUGUUAUCUACGUGAUUAGUGUUAUCUACGGUAUUCCGCGCUAUUUUGAAUACAAAACAUUUGAAAUGUAUCUUCCUUUGAAUCCGGUAUUUUUGAACUUAGAAAAAGAUCAAAAUUUCAAAAGUCCUGAUUUGUUUGUACAGAACUCAUCUAUCUCAUCUGCUGUUUCUUCUGUUGGCAGUAUUAGUAAUGAUGAAAGAAUUGGUGACUCUAUGACAAGCAUUUCCAUUAUUUGGUACCAGUUAACAAAGUUCGGUGAAUCAGAUCAAUUUCGUAAAGCCUAUCACUUAUGGUCAUGGGUUUUGUUAGUUGUUGGUAUACCAUUUGUCCUUAUAGCCAUUAUGAAUACAUUUUUGAUUUUGGAGGUGCGUAAAUCUAGUCGGAAGUGUGUUGACCAGACAAAAAGAACAGAAUUUCGUCGACAGGAUACAAACAUAAUGCUUAUAGGAGUGAUUGUCAUAUUUUUUAUUUGUCAGCUUCCAGCCGCUGUGAGUCAUAUUGCGUGGGGCUUGAUUACACUAGAAUCCAGUAAAAAAAUGUCAUGGUUUUUAUUGAAUGAAAUCGGAAACUUACUGAUUGUAGUAAAUUCAGCCAUCAAUCUUUUACCAUAUUAUAUGUUUAGCCGUAAAUUUCGCCGGCAUUUUAUUCGUACAUUUUGGCCGUACAGAUGUGUUCGGGACAAUGGACUCCAUUGUAUCUACAUUCCUGAAUGGGCUACAAGAUCAAUGAACAACGAUGAUGAUGCAGAAGAGUCGGAAAUGGCUGCAACAACCACACUGUAUACUCACCAUUCAAGAGCGAAUGUUCGAAAUUAUUCAAAUUAUCGUUUAAGUAUUUAUCGUAAUAACAGUGCCAGUUAUCGAUCACGACCUAGCCUUCCAUCAAAUGUGAGAUCAAGUUGUGAAUCACAAAGAUUAUUUUCCCACAUAUUCAGGCCUAUGUUUCACAUAGGACAGAAAAAGUCAAAAACGUCAAGUUUAUCAUACGAAUCAAAAUCUGUAAAGCCAAUAGAAGAAGAAAAAGCAACACCAAGAAGUGUAUUACUUAGUGAAAAUAAAAGAAAUGAGGAAAUUAGACCAAACAAUCAUGAUUCUAUGAAUGAAACUGGUUGUACACAUAACAUGAUUAGUAAUAAUAAGAAUAAAAAUAACUCAAAAUCGUCCACUUUUCACAAAUCACCGUAUCGUGGUUCAAAUUCUUCAGUCAGCUUCCAAAUAUGUGAAUUUGAAAACCAGCCAUCUAAGCAUAUGCCAACAGUGCAUUCCAGAAAGACGUCUAUCAGUGAUUUUAGGUUUAUUAAAAGCAGACGCUUUAAUAAUAAAGCAGAAGUGGAUCAUUUCGCAAAAGUAAUUAAUAACUGUGAUAAAUUCACUUCUGGUAAAAAAGAUAAAUAUGUUAUUAUUGAUCAUCAUAAUGAAAAUGAUAUAUCUAAGACACCAGAAGUUUGUCUGCAUAGUUUAGAGGAAAUAUCUAGUAAUCCAGAUCCUGCAGAUAUUUUAUAAGAUAUUCUUGAAAAUUUUUGUUUUUUCAUCUUCUUACUCUUUAUUUCGCUGCAGUGUGAUGAUAUUUUGUAAAUGCAAAAUGUGUUUAAACAAACUUUCUGCAUUGAAGCAUUGGAUGUGGCAAUAUUUGUAUUUAUUUGUUUGUGUUUAUUGUAAUCGACUGUCAAUGAAUCAUGGAUUCGUGAAAUUGUUUCUAUGUUUCUAGAUAAACCGUAUAACAUGUAUAUUUUCUUUCAGUAUCAAAUGUAUACUAUGGAAAGUUUCGUGCUGAUAAUAAUAAUAUUGUUGUUAAUUUCCGUUAAGUUUAAGCAGAAAAUUAUUGUGAAAAUAGAAGAAAUGUAUACAACAACUCAGAACUAAGCUUGUACAUGAAAUCAAACUAUUUUUUAUCAAAAAUAUUCACGUUGUUACUUGUUGAAGAAAUAAAAUCGUAAUACAUAUC